GGACGUGCGCAGAGCGGAACAGCAUUGUUAAGUGCGAUUCCAGGAGGGAGGAGCCCAAGCAACUGCUUUAUUUCCUUCUUGGAGGGAGAGGGAGAGUUGAGCCCGAGAAACACCUGUUACUUCCGCCUCAGCCGGCUGUUGAGUUGCUCGGCUCCCAGCCAUGGAUUUCACGGAGGCGUACUCGGACACGUGCUCGGCGGCGGGCCUGGCGUCCCGAGAGGGGAACGCGGACCGUCUCCGGGCGCUGCUGAGGAGGGGCUGUAGCGUCGACGUGGCCGACAACCGGGGCUGGAUGCCCAUUCACGAGGCCGCCCAUCACAACGCCCCGGAAUGCCUGCGCCUCUUAAUCCACGCAGAUCCAUCGGAAAAAUACAUUAAAACAAAGACGUUUGAGGGGUCUUGCGCGUUGCAUCUCGCUACGAUUCGAGGACACUUGGAGAUCGUCAGGAUUCUGUUAGAAGCUGGGGCUGAUGCGAAUUCGUUCACCUUAGAGGAAACCACUCCGUUAUUUUUAGCCGUGGAGAACGGGCACACGGAGGUGGCGAAACUCCUGGCCGAGCACGGGGCGGAUGUCAACGGCUCUCAUUCCAUGUGCGGCUGGAAUUCCCUGCACCAGGCUGUUUUCCAGGAAAACAUGGAGAUGAUAAAAUUCCUUCUCGAAAAGGGGGUGAAUGUGGAGUGCCAGGAUGACUUUGGCAUCACCCCUCUGUUCGUGGCUGCUCAGUAUGGCAAGCUGGAGAGUCUGAGCCUGCUGAUUGAGUAUGGAGCCAACGUCAAUUGCCAAGCCUCGGACAAAGCCACACCGCUUUUCAUCGCCUCACAGGAGGGUCUCCAAAAGUGCGUGGAGGUGCUGCUGGCUAAGGGAGCUGACCCCAAUCUCUACUGUAAUGCAGAAAAAUGGCAGUUGCCCAUUCAUGCAGCCGCUCAAAUGGGCCACGUCAAGAUCCUGGACUUGCUCAUUCCGAUUACCGAUCGGAUCUGCGAUACAGGAGCGAGCAAAGUGAGCCCCGUGUACUCGGCUGUGUUUGGUGGUCACCGGGAGUGCGUGGAAAGGUUGCUAAAGAGCGGCUACAGUCCCAACGCCCAGAAGUGCCUCAUCUUCGGGUGCCUGUCUCCCCUGUGCAUGGCUUUCCAGAGAGAGGUUUUUGAAAUCAUCGACGUCCUCCUGAAAUACGGAGUCCGACUGACGGAGGUACAUCUGGCGCAUUGCCUGGAGCACCAGAGGUUUCCGCUGUUCCGGGACUUCUUGAGGAGGGGCUGCCCGGUGGCUCGUUGGAACCACACGUCCGAGUUUCUGUGCCAAGCCAGCGGCUCCCAGGCCCGUUUCAAGCAGUGGCUGCCCGCCCUCCUGCUCGCCGGAUUCGACCCCGUCAACCUGCUGUGCCCCUCUUGGAUCUGUUCCGCGAACGAUGCGGCUCUGAACUUCACCCUGGAGUUUUCCAACUGGAAACGGCUCCCUCCCGCUGUCCUCGAGCUCCUCUCUCUCCACGCCGAGCGGUCCUCUUGGCUUCUCCCGCCGCAUUUCGCCUCCAUUCCGCCGUUGGCUCACCUCUGCCGCCUGGAAAUCCGGUCCCUUCUAAGCGCGGAGCGGGUGCGGAGGCCCAGCUGCGUGGCUCAGCUGCAGCUCCCGGCGAGCCUGCACGACUACCUGCUCUUCAGAGACGUCCUGAGAACGCACAGCAUCCCAGAACACUUCGACCACCCCGAGCCCGGAGGAGCCGACGGCACCGGUUGACGCCGCUCGUUUCUCGUUCGGGAUCUCUCCAGGAAGAGAAAGCGGCCGAGAAGCAUGGCCUGGGCAGGCCGGGCUC